AUGCAAGAUUCUGAACCAAGAGGUAGAGUCUCUAUUGGUGGAAAGACUGAUAAGUUUAGGAUGGUGAAGUUGUCUCUGUCGUAUAAGGAGAAAAUUGAUUCAACAUUGUAUAUUAGAUUCAUCAACAAAACAUUAAAUGAAGAGGUUUAUAAGGUUUAAGAAAUGAAGUAAGAGUAGUAGUUAUAUACAAUUGAACUAAUUCUGAAAGAAAACUGCAUCUAUAAAUACUAUUACGACGCUCUUGAUAAUACAACUAAAUUAAAACAUACGGAGCUAGGGCGCAGAUAUUUUUAAUUUGCUGAGACUGAAAAGAUUUAAAUUGAUGAAUGGAAUAAAGUUUGGUGUCUCUACAGAAUUCGUCCAAAGACUGAUGAAAUAUUUAAGGCUUAUUAGAUUUAGGUAAAAAAUUUACAAGAUGGGAAAUAUUUUGAACUAAGAAAAUCAGCAAUUGUAUUUCCAGCAAAGGAUUUUUAUGAAAACACAGGUGAUAGUAUGUCUUAAGAGAUUAUACAAUUUUCAUUAAGAUCAAAAAUAGAUGAGAAAGAGGAUUUGAGCUCUUAAAUUCAAAUUUAGAAUAUAAAUAAAUUUAAGAUGAAUUGUUUUUUUAUUGAAAUUGAUCUGCAGUUAUUUCCAAAAUAAAAGUAGGAUUAAAUUAAAAAGUUUUUUAUAGAAUGGAAUUUUAGUUAAAAAAUUUAGAUAUUAGAAGAAUAAAUUAAAGAAAGAGAUAAAGGGAUAUAAGAAUUAGAACAAGAAAAUGGCGAAUUGAAGUUUAAGUAAAAGGACAAAGAUUAGCGUUUAUCUGAAUUACAAAUUGAAAUUAUAAAAAAAGAUGAACUUCAUAGAAAAGAAAUAAACAACCUCAUUUAUAAAUAUGAGUAAGAAAAAGCUUCUCUUUCUAUCCUUCAUUGUUAAGAAACCAAUAAUUUAACGGUGGAAUUUGAUAAAAAAUUUAAACGUCUUUCAGAUCAAGUUACUGAAUGGAAUAAUUAGUACAAUUCAAUUUAACAAGAUUUCAAUUAAUUUUAAUUAAAUGCUACCAAAAGGAUAGCCGAAUAUAUUGAGAAACUUUAAGAAUCAUAAACAACCGUUCAAAUCUAGGAACUUUAAUUGAUUUAAUUUAAAAACAAUAAUUAAAAUGUUGUUGAAGAUGAUAGCCAAAUUAAUGAUAAAAUAUUUAUAACAUUACUUGAUGGUGAUUAAAAAGCAUCCAAAGAAGAGAUUACUUAAAUGAAUAGUUUACAAGAAACCCUCAAAUAGUAUAAGGACAAUCUUCAUGAAUUGUAAAUUAAGAAUCAAGAGAUCGAAUCAGAACUUUCAAAGAAAGAUAGAUUACAAUCAGCAUUUAAGGUAAAGAUCAAUGAGUAGAUUAAAAAAUACAACACUUGUAUGUUAAGUUUGGAAAAUACAUAAAAUCAACUUCAAGAUUAUAUUCAGAAAAAUGAAGUUUUACAACAAAAUAAUUUACAUGAGGUUGAACGUUAUAAAAAGCUCUAAAAUGUAUUAGAAAUAAUUAAAGGGAAAUAUAAGGAUCUUUAGAAAUAUAAAGAAUAAUAUUAAGAGCUAUUGGAUAGGUAUGAAAAACAAACACAAUAAUUUGUAUAAUUAGAGAAUUAAAAGAGAAUCGAUGAUAUGGAAUUCGAAAAGCAAAUAACAGAAAAAUCCAAUUAAAUUCAGUCAAUGGCUUGCGAAUAUCAAAAAUAAAUCACAUAAACUUAGUAAGAAAAUUAAUAAUUAUUGGAAAAUUAACAUGCAGAAUAACUUAUAAGAUUGAAGUAGAAACAUGAUCUUUUUAUGCAAUUUUCGGAAGGGAUUUUAGAGAAUGUGCUUACAGAAAUUUUAAAACCUUAUUAAGUUCAUCAAGCAACAUUCUCAAGAAAGUUAUCAUCUAAUUUAGAUAGUGAAAUACGUAAUAUUAAGUGUUUAAUGCUUAUAAAUUUUGAAACAGCUAUAAACAUUGCUGCGGAUGGAAUUAAUAUCAUCACAAACAAUUCAUUCAAUAAUUUGAAGGAAGAUUUAAUUAAUAUCCAUAGCCAAAUCAUUUAGUAGAUUUAGAUAUAUAAAGAAAAUAUAGACUUUUCAACUAUGAAAUGUUUGUUAUCGCUUAUGAAUGAGUUUUAACAAAAAAUAAUAGAAAUUAAAAAUUUCGCAUAUUCAGUAGAAAACAUGUUAUAAUAGGACUAAGAUUAGAUUGAUCUAAUUAAUAAUAAUUGUUAAACUCUGGAAAAAAUAUUAGAUAUUGUGAUCAAAUUAAAUAGUGUUUUAGAAAGAAAAAACGAUGAAUUAACUAUACUAUUAGAAAAUUAAGAAAUCGUUAUUUAAGCAUUUGAACAUUUCCGAUAAAAAUCAUUAAGUCUUAUUGAUAGCAUGUGA